AUGGAGGCUCCAUAUGAUGGCACUGAAGUAACUGUGGUCAUGGAGGAAAUAGAGGGCACUUACACUUACGCAUCGCCAGUGCCAUCGAAGAAGAAAAAGAAAUACAAAAUUACUGUCGAUCAUGGAGAAAAAGCCAAAAAGCCUAGAUCUGCUUACCUCCUCUACUAUUAUGAUAUUUACUUGAAAGUACAGCAGGAGCUCCCCCACCUCCCUCAGUCCGAAAUCAACAAGAAGAUCAGUGAGAGCUGGAGGUUGCUCAGCGUGGCUGAGAAGAGCUAUUACUUGGAGAAAGCCAAGCUAGAGAAAGAGGGAUUGGACCCGAACUCCACUCGAACUGCCGUAGUUCCAGACAUUCCAGGUUUCCGUAAGAUUCUUCCUCGCUCAGAUUUUAUAAUUAUUCCCAAAACCACUCUUCAAGAAGACAAGAGCAGGCAGUCGCUGGAACUGUGUGUGACACAGGGUCAGGCAGCAUCCGAAGGGUUAACGGCUUCCACGAAUAUCACAAAUGUCUCCUGUGAUGCUGUGCAAAACAUCCUUUCUGUGGACUCGAGCCACGUCGGCAUGUCUGAGCAGUGCAUUGCCAUUGAAGGACUAGCGGAAGAGACGGCUUCCUUUGCUCAGCCAGAUGCUGUGGAAGAAGUGGUUGCAUCAGAGGUUCCCUCUCACUAUGUUGGCCCCGUGACAGAGAAGGUGGCUGGAGAUAUCCUCUUGGAUGAGGCUUCUUUGGAGAUAGAAGGGCAACCGUAUCAGGCAGCUCGGGUAGUUAUUGAAGAGACUCUAGUUAGCGGCUCCACAGACAUCUCCAGCGGGAGCAGCGCUGUGGCCCGUCCUCAGGUUUCAGACGGUGUGUCUGUGGUGACCGUGGUGACUGGGAGGGAUAUUGAAGAGAGUAACUCCUCCACACCUGCUACACAGUUUAUUAUGUUACCUUUGCCAGCUCAUUCUGUUGUGGAGAACCCAGCAUCAAUUAAAUUGACAACCACCUACACUCGCAGGGGACGUGGCAAUUGCACUAAUCCUGGCUGUUCCUUCACUUAUGUCACCAGGCAUAAGCCACCAAAAUGCCCGACAUGUGGGAACUUCCUGGGAGGGAAAUGGAUCCCAAAGGAAAAGCAACCAAAAAGCAAAACUGAGCCAAAUUCAGGCACCUCUCUUAAAACUCCGGCAGCUAAAAGAGGUCAACAGUCAGGUUUCACAGAAGCAGCAGCUGUUAGCGAGAGUACCUCCAAGUCUGCCUUGGAAAGCUCUGAGGCUGUCAGCCAGCUGCUGAAUGCUAUGCCUGUCGGAGGGCAAAUGCAGGAGACGGAGUGGGAGGAAGUGGUCAUCUCUGAGGAUCACAUCCUUGCAAACAACGUGCUGGCUGAAGACAGAGGGAGGGCUGUUGGAGGGAUCCUGGGUCAAGAGAGCCAACGGCAAGGAGACUCUUCUGUGGAGCAGGCAGAAAAAGAUAGCAUGGGGCUGGGGAUGCCAUGUGCUUCGAAGGUGCCAAGGCCAAAUGCCUCUACAAAAAAGCUAAUGGGAAUUAAUGCUCCAGCUGCUAGACACAAAGGACAAGAAGUAAAGAGUAAACCAAGACCUAAGCCCUCCUUGCUGGCUGCAGCAAGACCCAUGCGAGCCAUUCUGCCUGCACCAGCCAGUGUGGGGAGAGAAGCCAGCGCUGAGCAGCCUAGCAACAGACAGGCCUUUGUGAAUAACGACAAGCAUUCCCCCGUGAGAACAUCAGGCUUGAAGCCCAGUACGUUGAAACAGUUGGGCCAGCCGGUUCUGCCGCCACCAAGUGCCGAGGAGCGAAAGCUCCACAGUGCUUUGACCAGCAGGGCAUCUCAGGUUAAAGUAGUGGAGGUCAAACCAGACAUAUUCCCUUCCUACAAGUACAGCUGCACCGUAACUUUGGAUUUGGGAUUGGCAACGUCACGUGGCAGAGGGAAAUGCAAGAACCCCUCUUGUAGUUACAUGUAUACAAACAGGCACAAGCCCCGAGUCUGUCCAAGCUGCGGAUACAAUCUUGCCAAAGACAGAGCUGAGAAGACAGCAAAAUCGCUGGAGGUCAGUCCAGGUCAGUCUGAUGUGCUGAACACCAGCGAGCCCCUCACCCCGUUCCAGAAAGAGAUCCAGCGUCAAUCCACCCUGCAGUUGCUGCGCAAGGUAAUGCAGAUCCCGGAGAACGAAUCGGAGCUGGCUGAGGUUUUCACGCUCAUCCAUGAACUCAACAGUUCGCGGCUCAUCCUGUCCAACGUGAGUGAGGAGACAGUCACCAUAGAGCAGACCUCCUGGUCAAACUACUAUGAGUCUCCAUCUGCGCAGUGCCUCCUCUGUAACAGCCCAUUGUUCAAAGGGGGACAGAAUUCCCUUGCUGGUCCUCAGGAGUGCUGGCUGCUGACAGCCAAUAGAUUACAGGUGGUUACAGCUCAGGUCAAAGUGUGCUUGAACCUCCAGUGUCUGGCCCUCCAUAGCUUCACUGACAUUUACACAGGCCUUUUCAAUGUGGGUAACAAGCUGCUAGUGAGCUUGGAUCUUCUGUUUGCAAUCCGAAACCACAUUAAACUUGGAGAGGAUCCCAGAGUGGCUGUUGGCAAUAUCCUUGACUCGGUUCAGGAGCAAACUGAAAAAAACCUGAGCCCUGAUGAGCAAGUUCAGCUCCAGGAACUGCUGUGCAAUGGCUACUGGGCCUUUGAGUGCUUAACGGUCCGGGAUUACAAUGAUAUGAUCUGUGGAAUCUGUGGCAUAACCCCCAAGGUGGAAAUAGCCCAGAGGAAUGUGGAAAAUGUCCUGGCACUGAAAAAUAUAGAGUUUACUUGGCCAGAAUUCUUGCCAUCCAGUGAAGUGAAUGUAGAAGACUUCUGGUCCACAAUGGAGACAGAGGUGAUUGAGCAGAUGGCUUUUCCUUCUAGCAUCCCCAUCACAAAGUUUGAUGCCUCUAUUGUUGCUCCUUUCUUCCCUCCACUGAUGAGAGGAGUGAUGGUGAUCAAUACCGAGAAGGACAAGAAGCUGGAUGCACAGCCAGUGCCAGGUAAUGGGAGUGCCUUGGUGAGGCUCCUCCAGGAAGAAAACUUCAGGCUUGAGUUGAUAAGCUCUUACAGUGAGGAAGAGCUGCAGAGCUUUCUGACACGGUGUGGCAUCCCCUGGGAAGCUUCACAUACAAAGGACCAGCUCUCCUUCUCCCUCCUGGAUCUCUAUGAGUUUGUACAGAAUGGGACAAGCAUCACGCAAGCCUCUGCUCAUCACACAGGAGGGAAGAUCUACAAAGUGUGUCCACAUCAGGUUGUGUGCGGCUCAAAGUACAUAGUAAGAGGAGAAAACGCUCGGGAUCACGUGGACUUGUUGGUUUCCUCACGUUACUGGCCUCCAGUGUAUGUUGUUGAUACAGCCUCUUCAGUGGCACUGUGUGCAGACGUCUGCUGUCCUGGCCUGACUUCCCAGAUGUGGGGGAAAAACCAGGGCUGCUUCUCUGACCCCAUGGAGCCUCCAACGUAUGUGUCCUGCCCUGAACUGCUAGACCAGCACUACAGCGUAGACGUGACCGUGGCUGAGCACUCUGUUCAGCACCCCAUCACCAAGUCGUCGGCGCGCCGAAUCGUUCACAUGGGUUCGGAGCAGAACAGCCACCGAGAUCCAACGGCUCAGCAUCACUGCAUCUCCCUGUGCCGAGAGCUGGAGCCUUACAGCGCCGUCAUCGCUGCUAUCAGCGACAGCAAAACUAGCAACAUCCGCCAAAGGCCCAUCACCUUCGAGAACGCCACGCACUAUUACCUCUACAACCGCCUCAUGGACUUCCUCACCAGCAGGGAGAUCGUGAAUCGGCAGAUCCAGGAGAUCGUACAGAGCUGCCAGCCCGGGGAGGUGGUAAUUCGCGAUGCUCUGUACCGGCUCGGGGUGGCCCAGAUUAAAACAGAAACGGAAGAGGAUGAAGAGGGAAAACAGGAGGAUUACAGAGGUUGUUGA